AACCCUCCACAAAAAAAAAAAACAGCCUGGUACAUUCCCCCAGCCUGGAUCCCACCCACCCAGCCUCCUCCCAAAACGAUCCUCGACGCCGCCCUCCUCGCCUCCAAAGCCGCCCUCUCCGUCCCCGAGCGACGACGCCGACGCCUCGCCUACUCCAACAUUCCGCUGCUGAUGCACCAGACGGGUCCAUCCUCCAAAGUCAACACAUGGAAGCCCGAGGUCGUUCCCUGGGUCGAGCAGUGGCUCGAACAUGCAGUGUCCCCCCAUGCCGAUACUGCCGCAAUGGCGUACUUUUUCUGGGACGACGAGGGGAUAGACAUGUUCAUGCAUGAGUACGAGAAGGACUUCAUGGGUGACUUUAAGAACAUGUUUACGCCCGUUGAGAGGGCAGACAUCUUUCGCAUUCUGGCGUGCAAAUACUUGGGAGGCGUUUACGCCGACAUCGACACGCAACCCCUCCGUCCCCCAGCAACCUGGAUCGGCCCGGCAGAUCUCACCCCCUGGACCGAUGACCUCACCAACAAAACCCACGGCUCCUCCCACCUUGACCACCAUCCCAACGCCACCACCACCACCACAGCAAGACAGCCCGUCGUCAACCUCCUCUGGGGCAUCGAAGCAGACACCGAUCCCUCCUCAAACGCUUACUGGCGCAUGGGCUACACGUAUCCCAUCCAACUCACCCAGUGGGCACUAGCAUCCAGCCCCGGCCAUCCCGCGCUGGACCAGUUCAUGGACAACCUGCGCGCCGAGGUCCGGCUGGAGAAGGAAAAUGCAAUGGGGAAUGGAAAUAGCAGGGCUGAUCCUCUUACGAGGACGGGUCCUGCGGCGGUGACGCUCGCGACGAUACAGUGGCUUGCAAGGGAGAGUCAAGACUUUAGGUGGAAUUCACUUACGGGGUUAAAGGACGGGGGGAAGUCGAAGCUCGUCCAGGAUGUGCUUAUUCUGCCCAUCACGGGAUUCAGUCCCGGCCGCGGAACAUACGGAAACAUGGGCUCCAAGCCCAUCUCCCAUCCAGACGCCCGCCUCGUCCACCACGCGCUCGGCUCCUGGAAAAAGUUUGACUGGCUGGUUGAGUACGGCAAGUUUUGUCGGACGGCCUUUGGGCUGUGCAGGGAUUGGACAAAGGUUGUGUCUUGAGUUUGCUCUCCCGUUGUCU